GUCUCUCCUUCCACACAACCACUCAUAAGUGCCGCUCCGAAUCGGACCGUCGACGUUGUUGGUCCGCCCUUGCGGGACCCCAGUCCGCUCGGUGACGGUUCAUUCAGGAGCAACAACAAACUCUUGUCGUCACUCGCAAUUCAUCAAAAAAAUUCUUUCACCAACAGCUUGUUUCUACAUUUAUACAUUACUUUAUACACUUUUAGAAGUUUCUCGCAGACAUACAUAGAAGAUAGACAAGAUGGCCGGUCUUAUGGGAAAAUACGCUGCGUUUUUGACGAGGAGACCUGUGUUGGGAAACAUGAUCUCUUCAGCUGUUCUUUUCGGGACUGGGGACGUUAUCGCCCAGCAGCUCAUUGAGAAGAAAGGAGCCGACCAUGAUUUGCCCCGUACAGCUCGUAUCGUUACCUGGGGUGGUAUUCUCUUUGCUCCAACCGUGAAUUUGUGGUUCAGGACCCUCGAGCGGAUUCCCAUCAGAUCUCGAUGGCCAGCCACCUUCGCACGAGUCGGCCUGGACCAGUUUGGUUUCGCGCCUGUCAUUCUGUCUGGAUUCUUUACCGCAAUGACCUUCAUGGAGGGCAAGGACUUUAACGCCGCCAAGGUCAAGUGGCACGAGUCCUUCUUCCCCACUUUGCAGGCGAACUGGAUGCUUUUCAUCCCCUUCCAGAUACUCAACAUGGGCCUUGUUCCUCUUCAAUACCGACUUCUUGCGGUCAACGCUGUCAAUAUCCCCUGGAAUGCUUUCCUCUCUCUCCAAAAUGCCAAGGGAAGGAAGGCCGAGGAAGACCCUGUUGCUAUCUCCAAGAAGGAGUAAGGGUAGUGAAUCAUAGAUGUUAGAAUGCACCUUAAAGAACGAAGUGCUUUGUACAUAAUGGCGAAAUGGAUAUGUGCAUUGUAAACC